GACGCCACCGCUGUUGCUAUGGCAACGCCCGGAAGGGGCCUUGCAGGGUCGCCGGGAGCCCGGAAAUGACGCUGCGGCUCGCGGGGAGGCGGUGGAGCCGGGCUGGAGCCAUGUCGGCGGGAGGUGCCGGGCAGCGCGACGCUGGGGCCGCCGGGGGGCGCCGCAGCAAGUGGGACCAGCCCGGCCCGGCCCCCGCCUUCCUCCUCCCCGGCACGGCCCCGCUGCCCGGGCGCCCCUUUCCUGGCGGCGGGGAUGGCGGUCCCGCUGCGGCCGGUUCCGAGAGCUCUGCGGCUCCGUCCGGGGCGCUGGAUGCGGCCGCCGCCGUGGCGGCGAAAAUCAACGCGAUGUUAAUGGCCAAGGGGAAGCUGAAGCCGGCGCCCAGCACGGCGGACAAGCUGCAGGCUCUGGGAAAAGGUCCGGCUACAAGUAAAAGCAAAGAUGACCUUGUGGUGGCAGAGGUAGAAAUCAACGACGUGCCCCUCACGUGCAGAAACCUGCUGACAAGAGGACAGACUCAGGAUGAGAUAAGUCGACUGAGUGGAGCAGCUGUCUCUACUCGAGGGAGAUUCAUGACUGCGGAAGAGAAAGCAAAAGUGGGACCUGGAGAUCGUCCUUUGUAUCUUCAUGUCCAGGGCCAGACAAGGGAAUUGGUUGACAGAGCUGUUAACCGUAUUAAAGAGAUUAUUACUAAUGGAGUAGUGAAAGCUGCCACAGGUUCUAGUCCAACAUUCAAUGGAGCUACAGUUACUGUCUACCACCAGCCGGCCCCCAUUACUCCAUUGUCUCCAGCAGUUGGUCAAAAACCUCCGUUCCAGUCAGGGAUGCAUUAUGUUCAGGACAAAUUAUUUGUUGGUCUGGAACAUGCUGUACCUACAUUUAAUGUGAAGGAGAAGGUGGAAGGGCCUGGUUGCUCCUACUUGCAGCAUAUUCAAAUUGAAACAGGUGCCAAAGUCUUUCUUCGAGGGAAAGGCUCAGGUUGCAUAGAACCAGCAUCAGGCAGAGAAGCCUUUGAACCCAUGUACAUCUACAUCAGUCACCCAAAGCCAGAAGGUUUGGCAGCUGCUAAAAAGCUGUGUGAGAAUCUGUUGCAAACUGUUCAUGCUGAAUACUCUCGAUUUGUGAAUCAGAUAACCACUGCAGUACCUUUAGCAGGCUUUGCGCAGCCUGCUGCUAUAAAUAGCAUACCUUCUCAGCCAUCAUAUUACCCUUCCAAUGGAUAUCAGUCUGGUUAUCCUGUCAUUCCCCCUCCUCAGCAACCAGUUCAGCCACCAUAUGGUGUACCAGGCAUAGUACCACCUGCUGUGCCAUUGGCACCAGGAGUCUUAACAACACUACCUACAGGAGUUCCGCCUGUGCCAACACAAUACCCAAUAUCUCAAGUACAGCCUCCAGCCAGCACUGGCCAGAGUCCACUGAGUGCUCCUUUUCUUCCUGCUGCACCAGUAAAAACAACUUUGCCGACUGGUACACAGCCUCAAGUCCAACCCCAUCCCCAAGGUCAAAAGAGGCGCUUCACUGAAGAACUACCAGAUGAGAGAGAGUCAGGACUGCUGGGCUAUCAGCAUGGACCCAUUCAUAUGACUAAUUUAGGUACAGGCUUCUCCAGUCAGAGUGAAAUCGAUGGAGCCGGAUCGAAGCCAGCAAGUUCCUCAGGAAAGGAGAGAGAGAGGGACAGGCAGUUGAUGCCUCCACCAGCUUUUCCAGUCACUGGGAUGAAAUCAGAAUCUGAAGAAAGAAAUGGUGUGGGGUCUUUACCAGGCAACCAUGAUCAUCAAGCUAAGAAGAUGAAAACUUCAGAAAAGGGCUUUGGAUUAGUGGCAUAUGCUGGAGAUUCAUCAGAUGAAGAGGAGGAACAUGGUGGCCAUAAAAAUGCAAGUACUUUUUCACAGGGAUGGAGUUUGGGUUACCAAUACCCUUCCUCACAACAGAGAGCCAAACAACAGAUGCCAUUUUGGAUGGCACCAUAAAAGCUACAGAACAGUUUUCCUUCAUCUUUUUUUUCUCUAGCAAUAAUGCAUGUAUAUUACAAAAUGAACUUUGCAAAUACGCAUUGUUUUUACAUUUACAGAA